AUGCCAAUCUUCGGCUUGACGCUAUUCAUCUGGGCUCUGGUAGCUGCGAACGGCUUCGGACCUACCUUCUCCAGACCAACACGCAUCACUGACGGCACUCCGGUCGUCGUGGUCUUCUUCCAAUGCGUCACGACCGCUAUUGGACCCAAAGCAACACUGGCUUUGAACAUGCCCGACUUUACUCGCUACGCGAAAUACCCACGCCAGGUCUUCUGGACGCAGGCUGUUGGCUUGAUGGUCCUUGUCACCAUGUGUGGUGUGCUGGGGGCGACGGUCACAAGUGCCGCUGGGGUGGUCUAUGGUGUGUCUGCGAAGCAAGCCUGGAAUCCGCUCUACAUUGCGACGCUUUGGAACAACCGAGCUGCCCAGUUCUUCGCUGGACUAUGCUGGGCGUUUGCGGUGGUUGGAACUAACAUCUCAGCCAACAGUGUCAGCUUCUCCAACGAUCUUAGCUUAUGGUUCCCAAGAUACAUCAACAACAGAAGAGGCGCGUGCGUGUGCGCUACUCUUUCCAUUGCAGCCGUGCCUUGGUACAUCCAGUACAGCGCGAACUCCUUCUCAUCCUUCCCCACAGGCUACGCGCUCUUCCUCGGAGCCCUUGCAGGUAUCCUCGUCUGCGACUUCUGGAUCAUCCGCCAGCGACGCCUUUCUCUCGCAGCACUCUACACAGCAUCGCACGACGCACCGCACUGGUUUUGGCAUGGAAUCAACUGGCGAGCUUUUGUGGCGUUCAUGUGUGGAAUUGCGCCGAAUAUGCCAGGUCUCGCGAAAGCCUGCAACGGUGCACUCGCAGUACCGAAGGGCGCAUCAUACCUGUACAGCCUCAGCUGGCUGGUGAGUAUACUCAUCAGUGGCUUUGUGUACUGGGCGUGUCACAAGCUAUCACCCAUGCCGAUCAGCGAGGACGAAGUGGUGGAGGGUGUAGGGAGUGAUGUGGAAGUCCAGUCUACGGAACAUCACCACAGCAAGUCGAUAGAUGGAAAAACAGCUGAAGUAUGA